GUUUCCAGCAGUCGACGCAAGUCUCGCAAGGCCCAUUUCACGGCACCCUCCAGUGUCCGUCGAGUGAUCAUGAGCUCUGGUCUAUCGAAGGAGCUUCGCACCAAGCACAACGUCCGUUCGAUUCCUAUUCGUCGUGAGGAUGAGGUUCAGAUCGUUCGUGGUACCCACAAGGGCCGUGAAGGAAAGGUCACCACUGUCUACCGUCGCAAGUAUGUGAUUUACAUUGAAAAGGUCACUCGCGACAAGGCCAACGGCAACACAAUCCCUAUCCCCAUCCAUCCAUCCAAUGUUGUCAUUACCAAAAUCAAGAUGGACAAGGAUCGCAAGGCACUGCUUGAGCGUAAAAGCAGAGCCAAG